AUGGCCCUCAUUGAACUGAAAUGGAGUUUGUUUCAGGCCAAGGCUGUCUGCUCACUGCUGGUCCUCCUGUGUCCGCGCACAGCUACAGGAAUGUCAGGGUGGGGUGGAUGUUUAGAUGGUCAGGAUGUAUUCACAACAAUCAGAGAAAACAGCCAUUCGGGAGAACUUGUUGUUGAGCUCAUGGCUGAGACCACAAUGGAGGGGGUUCACUGGAGCCUGGCUGGAAACGAUGCUGAUUGGUUUUUCUUGGAUGAAACAAGCAUCCGGCUAAACACAUCAGCGGACAAGGUCCUCGACCGAGAGGCUCAGGGCCCUGUCCUAAUGGCUGAGUUGUCCUGUUAUGAGGACGACACACUUCAGAGUGUGUACAGGAUCAUGGUGGAGAUUCUCAAUGAGAAUGAUAAUUCCCCUGUGUUUGCAGAAAACACUGUCAAGUCUCUUAAUAUCAGUGAGCUGACUCCAGUGAAUACUGUGGUGUUUAAGGUCCAGGCCACGGAUGCCGAUAACGACAAGAUCAUUUACUUCAUCGACCAGGCAUCACCUGAUGCAGAGUACUUCAAGGUUGAUCUUCCCAACAGUGGAGAGGUGAUCCUGUCCAAGCCUCUUGACUAUGAGACCAAAACCAUGCUUACUGUCACCAUCCAUGCCUCAGAAAUGAACACUGCUGAGCACUUCAAUACCAGCGCCAACUUCAUCAUCACCGUCGUAGAUGGAGACGACCAGUACCCACAGUUCCUGCCAUGCAUGCUGCUUUUCCAGGAUGAGACCAGUCACAUCUGCACCAGCCCUGUGUACACAGUCAAUGUCACAGAGGGGGAAGAGGACGUUGUGUUGGACUUCUCUCCUGGUCCAAUUCAUGCAGUAGAUGGAGACAGAGGACUCAGCUCUCCACUCAGUUAUGAGACGAUGAUGGGCGUUUCCUGA